AUGAGUCCUACCAAGUCUAGCGAGAGCCCCAGGGCUCAAAAGUGGCAGAAAAUCGCUGCCGAUCUUAGUCCCGCAGUCAAGAUUGGUAGCGAGUCGAGCACUGGUAGCGAAUCCAUUGGACAUGAAAUUGAAUCCCUCGUUCCCCGCCAUGCUUCAAAGGGCGACCUUCCUACAACUGUCGGCUGGCUUGAGGCCAGAGAGGACUACACAUCUGCUCUUUGUGGAGAAAAGACCAUUAGCAGCGACGGAGCAGGGUCCACGGCCCAGUUCCCAGCCGAACGCAACGAGGUGCUCGAAAGUGCUAAGCAGAGCCUUGGCAAAUCUUCGCCCGAGACCGCCAAGGUCAUGACGCAGAUUCAAGAUAUGCCUCCUCGGGCUCGUGACAAGAAGGUUGAGGUUGGGGGUGGGAUUCAAGCUCGAGUGAAGAUGGCAUGGCCUUGGAUCCAACGUUCUCAUGGAACUGUCAAGGUGUUUGACACCCACGCUGCGGCCCUCGCCAGUCUCCAGUACGAGAUCCACAACGUCAACGACCUUGCGUUCUUUAAUGCAGAUUCGCAAACGUACUUUCUCCAGCCGCCUUGCUUUCCAAUUGACAAGGAGGAUGACGAGGUUGGCCGAUCCCCGGCCGAGAUCUUGAUGUCGGUGGAGCUUCGGCCAGCCAGACCCUAUAUCACCAUGAAUUUCGAUGAGGAGGAAGACUACGUCAUUGUGGAUUUCCGAGAUGACAGGAUCCCAGAAUGUCCGCUGGCUCGUGGUGGCAUAGACAAUCUUGAUGAGUUCAUGUCGGCCGAGGAAUACUGA